AUGGAACCUAAAACCAUUCAGUUAAAGACAGGAUCUAUAAUAACUAGAAUUCCUGUUGGAGAGUAUGAUGAAGAAUGGGAGAUCGACCACAGAAACUCAUCAAGAAUUUUCAUAACUUUAGAUAUAAGUCAAUCUACUGGAGUUGUUAUCGUUGGAUAUGAUACUGAUGAUGUCGUUACAGAGUCUGCAGAUCCAAUGGAAAGAAAAACCUUAUUCGAAAUCCGCAAAGAACCUCCAUAUUGCUUUAAAUUUGGGCUCAAUGUACAAGAAGAAUACCAGCUUCAAGACCAUAGGAAGUAUGCUUCGAGAGAUGUAGCAAAUUUAAAAGAAAGAGUUGAACACAUAAGAGAAAACAUGAUAAAGAUACCUUUUGAGAUUAUGGAUGUUCCGAGCAUAGAAGGCUUCCUUGAAGAUGUUGGUUAUGAAAAUUAUAUAGACCCUUCCUUUCCACCUGAUAACACAAGUAUUUAUGAUGUCACUAACAUUGAUGAAUUCCCACUUGAUGAAGCUCCAGUCUGGAAAAGACCAAUUGAGUUUAUGGAUGGAAGGCCUCACCUAUUCUAUGAUGAUCCAGAGCCUAACGAUAUUAACCAAGGUGCUCUAGGAGAUUGCUGGUUCCUAGCAGCUAUGGCUUCACUUGCUGAAUCCCCAGCAAUGAUAAAAAGAUUGUUUCUACACCAGGAAUAUAACGAAUACGGGAUCUACCAGUUAAGAAUUUGUAAAAAUGGAGAGUGGGUUGUUGUCACAAUCGAUGAUUACAUUCCCUGCUACUUAAACGGAGGCCCAAUCUUUUGAUCUCCAACAGGGAAUGAACUUUGGGCUAUGCUUUUAGAAAAAGCUUAUGCUAAGCUUCAUGGGAACUAUUACCAAUUAAGGGCAGGUUUUUUGGCCCAUGGGAUGAUGGAUCUUUCAGGAUGACCCACUAGUAAAUACUCAUUCGGUUCAGAAAGACUAAUACUUGAUAAAAUUUUAGCUUAUUCUGACAAAUUAUGGAAGGUUUUGCAAGAGUCUGACAAAAAAGGCCACAUCAUGUGCGCAGGGACUCCUGGAGUUGAUAUUUGGACUGAAGGAGAAAGUCCAAACCAAGAGACAGGAAUAGUUCCAGGUCACGCAUACUCGGUUAUUGCAGCUAAGGAGUAUAAUGGCUUGAAAUUGCUUCAAAUCAGAAAUCCUUGGGGACAAUUCGAAUGGGGAGGAAAAUGGAGUGACCAUGAUCAUCAUAACUGGACUCAGGAAAUGAUUGAUGCUUUUGAGCCUGAUUUUAAUUCUAAAGAUGGUACAUUUUGGAUGUCUUAUGAAGAUUUCUUUAAGUAUUUCACUUCAAUCACAAUUUGUAAAAUACAAAAUUGGCACGAAUUAAGGUUGAAAGGAAAAUUUAUCAGAGCAAUAGAGGAUAGUAGAGGAGAACCAGAUUGGGUAAUCAGUCAAUUCUUCUAUACCUUUUCAUUGGACAAUGAUGCAACAGUUGAAAUUGGACUUCACCAAGAAGAUGAGAGAAUACUUGGAGCUGAUAAACGACCAUAUUUAGAUAUCUGAUAUGUAAUCUUGAAGAAAGAAGAAAAUAAGCAACUUAAAGUUGUUGGUAUUUCAGAUUUAGUGACUGAAAGAGAUUCAGAAGAUUCAUUCCAUCUAGAAGCAGGGAAUUAUAUUGUAGUUCCUCGAACCAUAGGUUCAUUGCUAAAAGCUUUUAGCUUUAAUUCUGAAGAAGUUCCUUUAAAAUCCUCUACUGAGGAGGGGAAAAUGUGGAAUGCAAAAGUAGUUUCUACCUUCUCUGAUGUGUUCAGAAAAAUUGAUUUGAGGCUUGAUGGAAUACUUACUGCUAGGGAGCUAAAUCUAUUUGGCCAUAUUACUGACUCUGAUUUAUUUAAACAUGUUACUCCUGAAUCUUUUGAUGGGCCUGAAUUUGAAAAUAUUUCACAUGUUGAAGAUGGAAUAACAAGAUAUGGAUUCUACCAAUUAAUGGGAAAAUAUUCUGAAAGUGAAGUAUCAAGGAUGCUGAGGAGGUUAGGCUAUGAUAAAAGCUUGCAGUCAACAAAAUCAAGAGUUUUUGUGAUCACUUUCCAUUCCACUGAAGAAAUUAGAGUGAAAAUUGGAAAUGCAGUAAAAUGUGACAUUAAUGAGAAAGCUGCUGAUCUUAUAAUGUCAAAAUAUCUCGAAAAUCAAGGAGCAAAGAAUGCCAAAGAAGAUGAGAAUGUUAUUAUUUUUAGAAAAUUCCAUGAAAAAUGAUACGGGAACUCAAUUGGAGCUAUAAAUAAAAGUCAGAGUAAUGUUGCUGUUACUCUUGACAUGACUAAUUCUCAAAAUUGAGAAUAUACUCCUACAAGUGGAGUUGCUACAGUGGUGAUUCCACCAAACUCAGUGAAGUACUUGGGAGGAUUGGUGGUGAAUCCUAAAGCAGACUCUCUUUCAAGCAAUUACAAAUUUUCAUCAAGAGUAAUUUAAAGACAUAAAAUUAUUUCAUGAUUCAAUAGUG